CUCUCCGGCGGAGCAGCUCGCAGAAAUGCAAAACUUGUUGCUGGCGGUGUGAAACGCAGCUAUCGCGCGCACAGCUUCAGCGCCACGCAGCAGCAGCAGAGCAGCAGCAGCAGCAUGUGAAGCGCGAGCCUGAGCGGAGCUAGCUCACCCAGCCUGCUGUCGGACGCGCGACUGAGAGGGGAAAUCAGCCGGAGCGCGCGCGCGUGCGAGUGCGCGCCUGCGUGUACGAGCGAGCCCCGUAAUAGAAAUUCAACACGAGCGGCGCGUUCGCACGGAACAUGAGCAGCAGCGGCGGGAGCGCGUUCCCGGUGACUGUUGAUGUUUGCGGAGUUCGGCUGAAGUGGAUUGGAGUGUGAGUGCAGCACGGGAUCUUCGUGUUAUCCAGUAGGUAAUACACUCACGCACGUGGACACCGGAGUGGUUUAUCGCUGCUGAAGCGCGCGAGAAACGCUGUUUUACCCUCCUGGCAGCGUAAAACACAGCGGCAAAGCGACAAUUGCACCAGCGCCGCUCCACUCGGACGGGAAUGCCUGUAUGUGGCUGAACGCUUUAGCUCGGACUAGAGAAAAACUGCACAUUCUGGACAUUUUCGCCGUGCUCUGUCUCCGAUGAGGAUUUUGAGAACAAACAAUCGCUUUCUGGACAUUUAACAGCAAAUUGGAAUUAUGUUGUUUGGAGCAGAAAUGAUGCUGCGGAGCGUAUGCCAUAUUUUACUGUGUGCGCGGCUGUCAUCGAAUUUGCAGACGCGUUUGUAGCAGUUCUGAACUUUUUUGUUUUUUUUGAGAAAGGACUACUUUUUAAAUCUCCGUGCCACUGAAUAAUAUUUUCUUUCUUUUUCCCACCAUCGGUUCGGAUGCGCACGUAAACUUUCAUACCGAUUUUAUUCCUCUUACGUGUUUUUUACGCAUUUUAUUUGCGUUUUAUUUUUUGAGAGAACACAAGCGAAAACACAUGGAGCAUGUUUUAAAACUGGACUAAAGCUGAAAACGUUAUGGGUGAGUCACGUUCGUUCACCAACAUGGAUUUUUAAUUACUUUAGCGCUCAACCUCAAGACUGAUAUUUUGUUUUAAAAAAAUUUAAACCUGUUUCUUAUAUAUAUUUUGCUCUAUUUUUUUGUGUGAACACGGCGUAACUGAACUGAAGAGUGUGACUGAGGGAAGGCAGCAGACGCUGCCGUGCAGCUAGGCAAGCUGGCUGUCAUGCGGGAUUGAUCUCGGGAAGUAUGUUUGGACUGGAACAGUUCGGUCCACAGAUUAAUAGCAGAAACGCCGGCCACGCUGAAAAAAACUUAAGCCAGGCAAGAGUAAGCAUGAGCUCUCAUUACAAGAGCCCAGGUUUUCACUCCGGAGGCCCGCCAGGGACGGUCGAGCCUGGUUUGGGCCCCCUUAACGAGCCUCCAAUGCUUGCGCUCAAUAUGAACAUGAAUGGAGGAGAGCAGUACGGAGGCUUCCACCCGCGGGGCCACUCGGACAUGCAUGCGGGAGGACUACAGCAGCAACCCCAGCAGCAAGCACCCAUGCAUGGGUUUUUUAACAACCAGCAACCUCAUAAUCACCCCCAUGGCCACCAGACUCAUCCCCACCAGCAUCAUCCACACUUUGGGGGAAACUUUGGGGACCCUGGGCCUGGAUCAUCCUGCUUACACGGGGGAAGGAUAAUGGGUUAUGGGAGCAGUAUGGGGCCCCAGCAGGGAUUCACAGAGGGCUUUGACCCACUCGCUGAUGGCCAGUCAGGGGAUGCAUUCUCUCAGCAGCAGCCACAGCAGCAACAGAGACCAGGCUCAAUGCCUGACUUUCAACACCACGGACCUUCCAGUGGAAACCACCCCGUCCCUGCUCCCUGCCUGCCCCUCGACCAGUCACCAAAUCGGGCUGCCUCGUUCCACGGCCUUCCUUCUUCUUCAUCGUCAUCAUCAGAAAGUCAUAACCUGGAGCCCAGACGCAUGCCCCCGCAGGGCGGUGUUGAAAGUCUGGACUACAACUAUUCCAACGAAACACCCUCUGGACACUUUGACGUAUCUGUGUUUUCCCCCUCCGAGCAAGAUUCUCAGCUCCCCCAUUUUGGCGCAGGAAGGCAGGUGCCGGGGGCCAAUUUUCCUGGAAACCCAGGCCUGUCCCGGGCUUCAGGAAUGCAGGGCAUCUCUAAAGGACACCCCCAGGCCCCUCCUCAGCAGCAGCAGCCCCCAUCCCAGCACAGUGUGUUCUUUGAUCGGUUUGGGGGUGGGCGCAAAAUACCAGUGGGCAUGGAGCCCGGUGCCAGGCAUCCCCUCAUGCAGCAGCAGCAGACAGGGUUGAUGGGCCGACAAAACUCCUGCCCACCUUCCCUCCCACGGCCCCCACAGCCUGAGGCUGGCUCCACCAAUGCCAGCAUGCAGGAGGGCGGCGUCAUGAUGCCUGGCCAGCAUAACCAGUUUGAAUACCCAAUUCAUAGACUGGAGAACAGAGGCAUGCACCCCUAUGGGGACCCCAUGUUCAAUAUGCAACAGCAGCCUCCCCCUCCCCAGCAGCCCCCUAGUCAGAGGCUGCAGCACUUUGACUCUCCCUAUUUGAAUGUGGCCAAGAGGCCUAGGUUUGAUUUCCCUAAUGCCCAUGGAGGGGAAGGCUGUGGCUCCUGGAACAGCAGCAUGCACAAUGCACCUGGCAUGGAGAACCACAUCUCUCCUUCUGCCUACCCAGGCUUGCCUGGAGAGUUCACUCCUCCUGUGUCUGAUGGCUUUCCACCAGGCCCACCUCUACAACAUCCAGGGCCUGAGCAGCAGUCGUUGCAGCAGAGGCAGAAUGCCGCCAUGAUGAUCAAGCAGAUGGCUUCACGAAGUCAGCAGCAGAGAAUGAGACAGCCCAACUUGCAGCAGCUUGGUCACCACGGAGAUGUCCCCCAGGGCCCUAUGGUUCAUGGGGGCCCUGUGGGGGCAAUGCCCCAGCCUGGUUUUGAGAGAGAUAGCAGCGGGAGAAUGGUAAACUUUGAUGGACAGAAUCCACACAUGGCCCCUGAGAGUGGCUGGUUUCCUGGACCACACCCACCUGGGGAGAUGCUUGGCCGACGCUUGGGUGGCCCAGGUGGUGAGGCAGGUGCUCAUGAUAUGCAGCAGAAUGGUGCAGCAAUGAUGUUUAGACCAGGUGUGAAUGGCAUGGGCAUGCAGGAGCCUAUGAGAAUACCUGGUGAAAGCCAUGUGCAACCUUUACAUUCACCUAGCAUACACCCACAAUUUGGAAACAGCAUGGGUAACCUCACACAGAUGCAGUCACCUGGGGCAGGUGUAGGGCUGUCCAACGCACCAUCAGAAAGGCGUCCAAAUGACUUUUCAGGGCCACCUAUGGGUGCUCAGCCCACUUUCCCUUUCGGAGGUUCCAGUCGGCAGGGGGCACCACACAAUAAUGGCCAGGGGGUGAGCACAUCUCCAGGGAGUUAUACCUCCCAGGCAGAGUUUUCAGCAGGCCAGCGCUCCUCGGUUAGUAAACUGGGGGCUCUCUCCUUGGGGAGUUUUAACAAAACAAGUAGCAAGGACAGUGUUUUCGGACAGAGCUGUCUGGCGGCACUCUCUACCGCCUGCCAGAACAUGAUCGCCAGCCUGGGGGCCCCUAACCUCAAUGUGACAUUCAACAAGAAGAGCCAGGGAGAAGGGAAACGAAAGCUGAGUCAAACAGAGCAGGACAUGAAUAACAGUGCAGCCAAUGGAACUGGUAGUGCGGGGCCAGACUUUUUCCCAGGCGGAGCCACCCCCCAAAGCACCCAGAUGCCUGGCGCUGGGAAUAGCAAUACUAAGCCGACAGGUCCAAACCAGGCGGUGCAGGGGGAAGCCAGCGCCCUCUCCCCAAGUUACAACAUGGACGCUACCCCUUGCAAUGAGGGGAAAGCGGCAACAGGGAGUGGGAGAGGGAGAGGGAGGAGGAAGAGGGACAGCGGCCAUGUGAGCCCUGGGAUUUUCUUCCCCUCCGAUAAUGGCAACCCUGUUGUGAGUCCUGGCCAGCAGGUCGCACCAGCAGCUGGCACUGGGGAGAGGGGUGGGGGCACACCUCAUGAAAAGCCACUCACUUCACCCUCCUGGGGGAAAGGGGGUGACCUAAUGCUGGGCGAUCAAGCUGACCUGAUGUCAUCUCUGGACAGUGGCAUCCAAAGUGUAUCCAAGUCAGCUGACUGCUCACCUCGUGUUGACUUCACGGACGACAUAGGUCCCCACUUUUGCAAUGAGGAUGAGGUUUCUUCGAGUUCUGAUGCACCGGCCUCAGCAAAAGCCGGCCGCAGCCCGCUGUUGGGUGGCUCGCCCAAGUUACAGAGGGUGGACAAUGGGUUAAUGGGUGGGCAGAAAGGGCAGGGCAUGGGCCUCGCCAACCACACUACCUCAACAUCGGAGGGCUAUGGAGGAGUAGGCCAUCCUGGUACGCCGGGCAUGGAGCCGGUCCGCACGCCAUCAAGCACCUCUGGCCAGGAUGAGAUCCACCCACUGGAGAUACUUCAGGCACAGAUCCAGCUUCAGCGGCAACAGUUCAGCAUCUCAGAGGACCAGCCUUUAGCCAUAAAGAAUGGCAAGAAAGGCAGUGACUGCAGUGGACAGAGUGGCGAUGGAGAGCUUGCCAGCUGCAGCCCGGAUGCUGGAAAGGGCUCUGUGGGCAGUAUUGACCUGGACACACUCAUGGCAGAGCAGCAUGCCACCUGGUAUGUGCCCAAUGACAAGGGCCUGCUUGAGAAUUCAGAAGAGGACAAGUCACUGACUGCAUGGGAAAAGUCAAAGGGACAGGGCAGCAUCAAAGAAGAUGUGGAGCUCUCUCAGAAUAAAAGUGGAGGAGGUGGAGGAGGAGGAGGUGGAGGGGUGACGCCGGGUCCCGGGGGUACGGCUCCUCAUCUGCAGUGUCUCUCGGUGCACUGCACGGACGAACUGGGAGAUCCCAAGAGCCGCAGCGGACCCGUCCCGUCCUGGCGCUCCCUGCACUCCGACAUCUCCAACCGGUUCGGGACGUUCGUAGCGGCGCUGACCUGAAUGUUGGAAACACAGAGUGAGGAACUGAGAGCUGGACCUGAGUCUCCACUGCAGUGUGGGGAGAGGAAACGGACACAGAGGGGCUAGACUCUGCUGGACCUUUGGGUGUUUUUAGUGGGGAGAGAGAGCUUGGAAAGUUUGGAUUGUGGACAAAUGCAGAUAUGAACGUGUUAUGCACAUGGACAUACAUAUACAAACAUACACACACACACGUAUAAACACACAAACACACACACACACACACACACACAUACAUACGUACAUACAUAUGUAUACACAAACACACAAUAUCCUAUCAGUGGACAGACAGGACAGUACGGCUGAAUUGAGUUCACCACAGGAAAACCUCAGAAUUCUUUUCACCUGCUUUUUUUUUGCCAGGAACUUUUAUUUCUGUUUUCUUCGAAUUUGUAGAACAAAUAAGUAUGGAAAUAUAAGAAAUGCUCAUGAGGAGAACACAGAAGGAGGGAUGUAAUAAUCGAUGUACCCGGUGGUGUUGGUAUACCAGUAUUAAUGGCUAAAUGUUUUCAUCUCCUAAUAGCAUAUUUAAUUCCUUUAACUCAUCUACACUUCUGAAUCUGAAUCUGAUCUGGGGGUUUUCCCUGCUUUACCAAAACCCUGCGGUGCUCCUCCCCGCCCACAGGACAGGUAAUCCUAUUGUCAUCAGGAGGCACAAGAGCUUCUUUGAAAUUUGGCCUCUUUGAGUGACUGUAGUCCUACAGAGCCUGGAGGCCAGGAGGCUGCCCUGUGAGUUACUGGGAGAGGAGUAAGACGAGGGGAAAGUCCAGUGAGGUGCUGUGUUUUUUGGGGGGGGAGUCUCACACAAUGAUGUCCUACCUUCUACCUUCUACACACACACACACACAAGCAUAGCCCACCCCCAUCCUGCAAACAACGUCCAUUCACAGCUCCCCCUCGUCCUGUGUUUCUGGGCUCUCUUGUGUUUCAGUGAUUUUAUCAUUAUUUCUCUAAAUUCCGUUUUUCUACUUUUCCUUAAAAUCUCCAAAUCAACCUUAUCCCACUUCAAGAUUAUCUCGUUAACAUCUUUCAAUACUGGUGUACCAGACAUACACGGGACUCUACAGUAACAUCUCGUGAUGCAAAAUGGCAAAGAAAGAAAAGGAACAAACGAACAAAAAGUAUUGGUAUUGCACAUGUAAAAUAGAAAAAAAAAACUUUUUGCUGUGUGUUAGGCAAUCUUGUAAUCUUUAAACAGAAAUUGCUUCAGUUUUGACUUUGAAUCUCUGAGAAGUUGUAGGAGGGCAGCGAAUUUGCAGAGGUUAUUUCUUAGUUUUCGUUGUUUGUUUUAUUUUACUUUUUUAAAAAUAAUAUGUAAAGUGCAGUCGUCUGUUUUCCUGCAUAUUGUAUAUAUAUGUAUAUGUUUUAUUGAGUAACUAAAUAACAAUAAAUAUGAUGUUAAUGGUGAAA